UCAUUUAAACAUGGACGCCGCCGAAGAAACACAUGAAGUUUUACACAGUGCAGACCAAUGUUCUGCUCCUUUACAGCAAAUUUUAACAGAAAAUAUGGAAGAAAAGCUGCUGGAAGAAAAUGAACAGAUGUUAUCAAUACCAAAACAGGAGGAGGAGGAGAUGGAGGUCACUGUAUCAACACGAACAGAAAGCAGCACUGUAGCAUCUAAUUAUACAGAAACACCAGCACAAGUACAGGUGAAAUACGAACCAGAGGCUGAAAUGUUUAUCACACACACAGACUCGACAGGAGUGAUGUUGUCUGUAGACAGUGUGUGGAACGGACACGCUGUUUGUAAGAAGGAGGACUUUGAAGAUGACAAUUCAGACCGUGAUAACUCCUCCUCCUCAACAUCUGCAUCCUCCUCUUCUCCCUUUGCACCAGUGCUUGACUAUGAUGACGAUGAUGAGGGUUUCAGCCAACCAGCCCCAACCAGAACACGAGACAAAGUCCUCUUCAAGAUCAACAAAAUGGCUGCAACACCCUUAAGAAUUCAUCUGCGUUAUUCGGAGCAAAGUAGCACACCGGGAGCUGACAGAGACCUAAUGUUGGAGGAACAAAAGCCUAGGUCUAAGACAACCAAGUGGAGGGAGAAGAUGAAGAGAAGAAAUCCAGACCGGUAUAAGCUUUUCCAAGAACAGGAGGCCUUGAGAGCAAAGUAUUACCGGCUUUCAAUGAGUGAUGAGAGGAGAAAGAAAUCAAAUGAGCUUGCCGCAGUUAGGAUGCAAAAGCGCAGGGAGCGGUUAAGACUAGAGUCAGAUAAGAAGGAAAAACGAUACAGGCCCAGAAAGACCAACGUUGAAACAAGAAAGGAGACAGGAAGAAAUUUAGACCAACGGCAAAAAUGGGCAAGACAAAAACGAGAACAGCGUGAAAUGAUGUCUGCACAGAAGAAGCAACUCAUCAAUGAAAAGAGAAGGAAACAGUAUGCAGAGAAGAAGGAGGAGGAAGCAAAGAAACGACUUUUACAGAUUCAGUGAGGACGACAUGGAUCAAGUGAAAACUACAAGCCCUGUUCCAUACAAACUGUGUGAAGGACCCUGUGAUGUUUGUCCCCGUUACUGAACUAGGGUUGGUUUGUUCAACCUAAAGGCUGGUUACCUUUGGUUAACCACUGAGGAGUGAAAGGAAAGAUUCUUUGAAGAAGGGUUUUCCUUUUCAGUGUUUAGAGUUAACACCAUGCUCACUUUCCAUGUUCCAUUCUUCUUGUCUUCAAAUUUUUGAAUUGAAAUAUAUGUUCAAUCUUCUUGUCUUUUUACUUAAAGGGCUCAUAUUUGUCUAAACCCACUUUUCUUA